AUGUUUGUUGCACAAGGGCUUAGGUCCGGUUAUUCAUGUUAUUUACUACGAUAUUCCUCCUUCAUGAUUGAAAGUCCGCAAGGAGGAUUUCGUAGAACGUGUGGUUUCAAUCAUGGAGUUGAUGGCCAGAAAACGAUUGGGGAAGGCCCAAAGCCGGUGUUGGGACAUGUGAUGGGAUUGAGUGGAGUGUUGGAUGCAACUGAGAAAGUUGGGAGAGAACAGCUUGGGGGCUUGCUGGAAGGCAAGGUGUUGGCCUUGGGAGAGUGGGUGGGGAUUUCUGGAAAGUUGGAAUGA